GGCUGUGUUGCACGCUGUGCCUGCUGCAUGGGGCUGGCUGGCUGGCUAGAAAGGGAAAGAGAGAGAGAGGGAGGGAGGGAGUGAAGUGAAGUGAGGAAAGGGAGGGACAGACAGACAGACAGACUCACUCACUCACCCGCCCGCCCGCCCGCAGUGGGGGGAGCCCCUUAGCUGGCACCACCAGGCCGUUUCCAGCGGAGUCCAAAGUUUUGCCUCUGGAGAUCACAGGAGCAACAGCAGGCUUUUGCUUAGGAGCUACAUGCUGAGGGUGACGAUCACACAGUUGCAGAGCUAUUUCUAUCGCAUUCUGUGGACCAUUUCACCGAGUGCAUCUUGCUGAUGAAUUUAUUAUGGAGAUGAAAAGGAACAAAUCCUUUGCAAGACUUUUCCAGCCAUGAAUGAAAAUGCCUAAUGUCCACAACUAAAACGGACUAUCCAGACGGAUUUGUCUGACUCUGAGGACGUGGUGCAGGAAGGGUGAGGACUUUGAAGCUUGAAGGUCACCUUUGGUUCUCAGGCAGAGUGUGAGGCCUGCUUUGGAAGUGGCAGAAGAAUUUCCAUUGUGGAAGGCUAACCCCCUCAGAAACAUGGCACAGUGACAAUCAGUGACAGAAAAGUGAGGACAGUCAGGCAGAGGAAUCCAAAUGAAUUAGGCUGUCUGAAGGGGUUCUCCAUGCAAAGGAUCCAUUCUGAGCAGUGUUUUAAAAGGCAUAGAAAAGGUGAGUGGAGCCCUGCUUGCCUUUUCUUUCUGGUGGGACUUCAACUCCAUCUCCUGCUAUAGCGAGGCACCAGAGAUUGUUGCUGUGGCUGUCCUUGUGUCUCAGAGCCCCUUGGAUUAGCUGCUUCUCAAAAGAAUCUUUUCUUCCCAUGGGUAAGAAGAGUGACCUUUUUGAUUGGCUGUAGCUGAAGAUUGCUUGACAGAAGCCUCUGAAAAGGUUUUUGAGUCAUGAUGCAAGAAUCUGGGACUGAGACAAAAAGUAACGGUUCAGCCAUUCAGAAUGGAGCAAGUGCUGGUAACCACUUACUAGAGUGUAGCCUACGGGAAGUGAGAUCAAACGGAGAGACACCUUCAGUAGAAAUUGGAGCUACUGAUCUAGCUCAUCUUCAGCAGCAGCAGGCUCUUCAGGUAGCAAGGCAGCUUCUGUUACAGCAGCAGCAGCAGCAGCAGCAACAGCAACAACAGCAGCAGCAGCAGCAACAGCAGCAGCAGCAGCAACAGCAGCAAGUGAGUGGGCUAAAGUCUCCUAAGAGGAAUGACAAACAGCCAGCACUUCAGGUUCCAGUGUCAGUGGCUAUGAUGACACCUCAAGUUAUCACUCCCCAGCAAAUGCAGCAGAUCCUCCAGCAGCAAGUGCUAACUCCACAGCAACUUCAGGUUCUGCUCCAGCAGCAGCAGGCACUCAUGCUUCAACAGCAGCAGCUUCAAGAAUUUUAUAAGAAACAACAGGAACAGUUGCAGCUUCAACUCUUACAGCAACAACAUGUUGGAAAACCACCUAAAGAGCCACAGCAGCAACAGGUGACUUCACAGCAGUUGGCCUUUCAGCAGCAGCUUUUACAGAUGCAACAGCUGCAGCAACAGCACCUCCUGUCCUUGCAACGCCAAGGUCUGCUCACAAUUCAGCCUGGCCAGCCUACCUUGCCAUUGCAGCCUCUUGCUCAAGGCAUGAUUCCAACUGAAUUGCAGCAACUCUGGAAAGAAGUGACUGGUUCUCACACAGCAGAGGAAGCUGCAGGAAACAACCACAGCAGCUUGGACUUGUCAACAACAUGUAUCUCCUCCUCAGCAUCUUCUAAGACCUCUUUAAUAAUAAACCCACAUGCCUCAACAAAUGGACAACUAUCAGUCCACACUCCUAAAAGGGAGAGUUUAUCCCAUGAAGAGCACUCUCAUAACCAUCCACUUUAUGGGCAUGGAGUAUGCAAAUGGCCAGGCUGUGAAGCGGUAUGCGAAGAUUUCCAGUCUUUUCUAAAACAUCUCAACAGUGAGCAUGCACUGGAUGAUAGAAGUACAGCCCAAUGCAGAGUACAAAUGCAGGUUGUACAACAGUUAGAGCUGCAGCUUGCAAAAGACAAAGAGCGCCUGCAAGCUAUGAUGACACACCUGCAUGUGAAGUCAACUGAACCAAAAGCUACCCCUCAGCCUCUGAAUCUUGUAUCUAGCGUCACACUUUCAAAGACUGCAUCAGAGGCUUCUCCACAGAGCUUACCUCAUACCCCCACCACCCCAACAGCACCCAUCACUCCCGUUACCCAGGGACCUUCUGUCAUCACUACUACCAGCAUGCACAACGUUGGGCCUAUCCGAAGGCGGUACUCUGACAAAUACAACGUGCCCAUCUCUUCAGCAGAUCUUGCGCAGAACCAAGAAUUCUACAAGAAUGCAGAAGUCAGGCCACCUUUUACAUAUGCAUCCUUAAUAAGACAGGCCAUUCUUGAAUCUCCAGAAAAGCAGCUAACACUAAAUGAAAUCUACAAUUGGUUCACACGAAUGUUUGCCUAUUUCAGACGCAAUGCAGCAACGUGGAAGAAUGCAGUGCGUCAUAAUCUUAGUCUUCACAAGUGUUUUGUGCGAGUAGAAAACGUUAAAGGGGCAGUAUGGACAGUGGAUGAAAUAGAGUUCCAAAAACGAAGGCCACAAAAGAUCAGUGGAAACCCUUCACUUAUUAAAAACAUGCAGACCAGCCACACCUACUGCUCACCUCUGAGUGCUGCUUUACAGGCUUCAAUGGCUGAGAAUAGUAUACCUCUGUACACUACUGCUUCCAUGGGAAAUCCCACUCUGGGCAGUUUAGCCAAUGCUUUGCGGGAAGAUCUUAAUGGUGCAAUGGAGCAUGCGAACAGUAACGGGAGUGACAGCAGUCCAGGACGUUCCCCUAUGCAAGCAAUGCACCCUGUACAUGUCAAAGAAGAACCAUUAGAUCCAGAUGAAAAUGAAGGCCCACUAUCCUUAGUGACAACAGCCAACCACAGUCCAGAGUUUGAUCACGACAGAGAUUAUGAAGAUGAAAAUGUAAAUGAGGACAUUGAAUGAGUAUUUCUGUGGUUGUGAUCCUGCAAAUGAAGAUCAUGGGGAGGGAGGAAAAAACAUAUUCUUCAAAAUUAGCUGUGAAAUUUCUCCCCAUUAUUGUACAGUCUGGAGGAUACACUUGGUCCAUUUUGACAGCUAUAAAAUAUGUUAACUCUUAGUGCCAUCAACUAUCCCAUUUGGGAGUAUUUUUGAUUUUUCUACUUUUUGUUGAAAAAAAACAAAACAAAGGAAUUUGUACUCUGUGCAUUGGAUGGACUUGUUUGGUACUUGGGAUUCCCUCUCACAGUCAACAUCAGUGUUGUAAAUUUGUUCAAUUCACUUAUCCAUAAUUUGGCAGCAGACUUUGGACUGCAGUUCUUCCAAUUUGGGACACUGAAGACAUCAAGCUGCGCAUGUACACAUAAAUUGCAGAUCAAGCCUUUGCCCAGAUUUUAAGGAUUCCAACGGACAACAUAUUUGCACAGUAUCGCAUGUUGAUUAUCACUGCCUUUACUUCUUCUUUUGCUUCUAUUUGGGACGGGGAAGUCUUUUUUUGUGUGCAAGUGUAUGCACGCGUGUGUGUGAGAACGUGUGAGUGUAUACUGAGAAGGGUUAAAUGAAAAUUCUCCCAACUUUUUUUAGUCUAUAGUUUUGAUUUUACCCCAACUUCUCCUAUACCAAUUUAAGUUCUGACCUCAGGCCUCAACUGGCCAGGGCCUUUUGAGGCUUAAUAUUUCUGUAAUUUUGUGAUGAAUGUUAAUAGGUGUGUUCAUUAUACAAAGCUGAAUGUCCUUUGAAUUGUUUGUAGUUCUUUUUCUGCCAUUCAUUCCAGUUUCCUUCAGAUGCCAUGUUUUCUUUACCUAUAGAAAACAUUCCAUUUUGGGCUAUAUGUCCCCCUGCCCAUGAAAAAGGUUCUUAAAUGCUGCUGUAACUUGUGCAAAGUUAUCUUCCAAUAGAAAAAAGGCAGUACUGCAAGAGUGAGAAUGAAAGGCAAACCAGCAUAGAAAUGGUGUAGAACGUGGUCCAAAAUUCAUUCCACAGAGCAGUAUAUCUUGUCAUAAUUGUUUGGAGUCUCCCCUCCCAUUUCUUUUUCUUUACAGUAAUGGUGAAUAUUUAGAAACCCAAAAUAUAACAGCACCCGCCCCCCCAAGUGAACAUCUAUUACCCAACUGAACUUAUGUCAAAAAUGAGUAUCACGAUGUAAGGCUAUUAGCUUUUUAACAUGAAUUUCUGACCUAUCAAAUACUUUUGAAAACCUAAAACACCAAGGUGUGUACCUAUACAUAUUUCUGAUUCAUAUCUGAAACAAGCAUUGUAAAACAGUGUACAAUGUGAUCUUUUCAAGUUCAAGAUUUAAUUGGUGGUAUCCAUCAGUUUGAAUAUAAUUUAGGUUUUGGAUUUAACUUGUCAGGAAGUCAGUAAGGCACACUAGUUGUAAAAUGUUAAUCAUUUUAACUAGACAAAAGUCUUACUGCCAUUAAGGUCAUGACACAAUUAUCACAACAACCAAUAUCAGAACCUAACAAUUUGAAACCUGUGGGUGAAUUAGCACUGUUGCAAAUUACAGUGUUCUGCAGAGCAAAUCUGGGCUGUUAAAAUGUUGGUACCCCUCUAUCACUGGACAUCUAAACACUUCCAUUCUCCAACCACUUCUCUGUAGCUCACUCAUUUAUGUUGGACUAUAGCUUUUUAAUUUCAAAAGCCUUUCUGAUCUUAAUUUAUAUUCUGCUUUGUACCCUUCCUCCCUAAAGUUACCAAAGAUAUUACACAAAGGUAAAUUAUGUUCUCUGUUAUAUGCUUUAUCGUAUGAAGCCAAAUAUCCUCUUAUUGUUGAUCAAAAGAGGUGAAAGAAUUUAGAAGCAAAUGUCAAGAUACGGGCUACGGCUAACCUGAGAAGGAAAACUGCUCCUUAUUAGAGUAUAAUUUAGAAGACCAAGUAGAUGGCUGAACCAAAGUUGUUGUUGUUCUUGUUGUUGUUAAUUUGUAUUUCUUUACAGUGACCAAAUGAAUUUUUGGAGAGAGAGAGAGAGCUUUUUAAGAUAAAUCUACAGAACACAAGGAACUAGAGGGAGCAUAUAAGGGCAGCAUUUCAUCUUAAGAAAGUAGGAGGAAGUCUGUUUUGCAAAAUGAAAUAGAGUAUCCUGUAAUGGAGGCAAAGUUACAUAAUAUGUAGAAAAGCUCUCGCAACUUAAAACUAAUCCAUAUCAUACUAUCACAAGCAAAUAUUUUUAUGUUUCCGUUUGGUGUUUGGCCUUACAAAUCCUGUUCAAUUUUAUUAAAAACUAUUGCCAGGGCAAUUCUUUUAAAUUUGGCUUAUCUGUGCACAAUGUUUUAGAAUGACUGUGAUUGUUGUUGUGUUGGGUAUUUUUUACCCUUCAAUUUUUGGUCAGCAUCUUUCAUAUAGAGUAACACUCCUAUCCCCUUAUAAGCUUUGGUACCAUUCAAGUCAAUGGGAGAUUUGCCAUUAACUUCAACUGGAUGCAAAUUGCAUUUUUACAUUUUUGUUUUGCUGACAGUGAGAUACAUCAAAACUCAACAUUUUUCUUCCCUAAUUGUUUUUAUUAUUGUUAUUUUUAAGGAGGGCAGUUUGUGGUCAUUUGGGACAUUUUUAAACAAAUGGUAUUCAGGCAGCUCCAUGAUGUGCAGGAAAUAGCCAGAUGAGCUCACAAGAAGCUAUCUAUUCCUGUGCUCCAGAACUGAGUGGUUUCGCUGGUUAGCUUGGUAUUCAAAAAGGGGAUAAAAACCUGGUAGAUUAGUUCAUUCUCAGCAUGUGUAGCUAGACAUGAGUAAAGAUAACAGCAUGAGAAACUGUUAGUACGCAUACCUCAGUUCAAACUGUUAGGGAAUGAGUAAAUAAAAAAUAAAACUACAUUUCACUCAGUU